AAACAUUUCUAUUUUUAAAGUAGUAUCUAAAAAUAAAAUAUUUAUAUUUUUAUGCCACUUUAUCAGAUAAAUGAGCAUUCAGUUUGGUUUAAAUUUCACACAGCAACCCUUUGUUCAAUUAUUAUUCUGAAUAAAUACAAUAACACAUGCUUUAAAACAAACACGAUUCUUCUCAAAAACUUCUUGUAUUGUGAUAUUUGCUUGUAUUCGUUUAAUAAAUGUUUUCCUGCUAAAUAAAUACCUAAAGAGUGUCUUAAAUGUGCGCAUUCAAUUACCAAAGGAACUAUAUUUCAGAGAAAUUGUAUUUUAAAAAGAGCGGGAAAGUAAAACCGCAGUACAAUGGGUGCAUUAAAUUCAAACAUUAGGCUGUGGGUGGGGCUACCGUCUUACCCACUUUGAUUGGCUCUCUCACGUCUUAGCCAUACCAAUCAGAUCCAUUCAUGGUAUGUCCAAUGAAGACACCCAAUCAGCACCGUGAGCCUGUAGUUUUUGAAAAUUAGCAUGGACAGAAAAUAAAUACUUCUUCACCAGAGCAGAUCGUUACACACUUUGUUGUUCCGUCUUGAGUAAUCAUGCCUGAACCAGCGAAGUCCGCACCUAAGAAGGGGUCCAAGAAGGCCGUUACUAAAACCGCAGGAAAGGGAGGCAAGAAGCGCAAGAGGUCCAGGAAGGAGAGCUAUGCUAUCUACGUCUACAAGGUACUGAAGCAGGUUCAUCCUGACACCGGGAUUUCCUCUAAGGCCAUGGGCAUCAUGAACUCUUUCGUCAAUGAUAUUUUCGAGCGUAUCGCCGGUGAGUCCUCUCGUCUCGCUCACUACAACAAGCGCUCCACCAUCACAUCGAGAGAGAUCCAGACCGCCGUGCGUCUCCUGCUGCCCGGUGAACUCGCCAAACACGCCGUGUCUGAGGGAACAAAGGCCGUCACCAAGUACACCAGCUCCAAAUAAAUCUGUUGAAGCUUUUAACACCACAAAGGCUCUUUUAAGAGCCACC